AUAAAGUUGAAGUUCAGUUGUUAAUGUGAUUGGAUCCGAAGCGGAUCACUAUUUUUUGUAUUUCUUUCGCCAAAGAAGAUAUAUUUCGUACUGCACCGGCUAAGUCGUAGAUACUUUUUUUUUUAAAUUAAUUUUAAGUGAUUUGUAAAUUUGUAUGUCCUUGUAAUUUAAGUAUUAAAAAAAAUGUAUUUCAAAACAAGUUUAUAUAUUUUUAUUACAAUUUUGGGGUUUAUUUAUAUUCCCCAAUUCACAAGUGCCCAGUCUCAAUGUUUGAAUCCAAACCAAAACCGCGGUAAUUGCAUUUCGAUUUAUCAAUGUUCAUCACUUUUAAGUGUGGCGGCACGUAAGCCUCUACAAGAUAUUGAUAGAAGGUUUUUACGGAGUUCUCAAUGUCGUGGAGGAUUGGGACAGCCACCAUAUGUUUGUUGUACCGAUGAAACAGGUUAUGUAAGACAACCAACACCAUCUACGGUCUUAUUCCCUACAGAAAAUAGACCUAAUAUAAAUCGAAUCAGAGGUCAAAGUUUUAACCAAUCACCCAGAGGGCAGCUGCCAGGACCUCCGGCUUGUGGUGGAGUAACAUUACAAAAUAAAAUCUAUGGCGGAGAUGAUACGGAUUUAUCUGAGUUUCCUUGGUUGGCAAUAUUUGAGUAUAGAAGAAGAAAUGGUCAAAGAAGCACGAACUGUGGUGGAUCCUUAAUUAACCAAAGAUACAUUAUAACUGCUGCCCACUGUGUGGCUGGGGCUACCGAGCGAGAAGUUGGACCAUUGGUAAGUGUUAUUCUUGGAGAGCACGACACAACGAGAACAAUUGAUUGUGUAGGUAGUACGUGUGCGGGUCCAGCUUUAAGAUAUGGUGUUGAGGAAGCAAGAGCUCAUGAAUCAUACAGUGACGCCCAACCACAUCGUCACAAUGACAUAGGUUUGGUGAGAUUGGAUCGAAAUGUAAUUUACUCAGACCAAAUUAGACCAAUUUGUCUGCCAUUCACUCUACCUAAUGAACAACUUCCCAGUGGAACUCUGUUAACUGUUGCCGGUUGGGGAAGGACACUAAAUACUCGAAAAAGUGCCAUCAAACAAAAAGUUCAAGUCCCAUUGACCGAUCAAGGUGAAUGCCGUCAAAAGUUCCUAAAGCGUAAUAUUCAAAUCAUUGACGCCCAAGUUUGUGCGGGUGGUGUUUAUGCUGAAGAUAGUUGUGAUGGAGAUUCUGGUGGGCCAUUGAUGAGUUUCCGUCAAGGUGUUUGGGUGUUGGAAGGUAUUGUUUCGUUUGGUGUUAAGUGUGGAUUUCAAGGCUGGCCAGCAGUUCAUACACGAGUUGAAAGUUAUGAUAAUUGGAUAAGAAGUGUGAUACGAGCUUACACGCUAGCUGCUAGCAAACUUCAGCCAUUGUCACUGCCUCAAGCACGUACGAGCGCUAGUCUCAAAGUCUGUGUUAAACGAUCGGUCUCGAGCCGAUGUCAUACACCAGCAACGAUACGGAAAACAAUGAUCAAAGCUCAAUUGACCCUGCAAUGGCUGGCUUUAGUUGCGGUUGGUAGUUUGUCGCUGGCAGACGUCGCUAGCAUCGUUACAAACGACAAUGCCCGUACCGAUUUGGUGUCCUGUGAUAUUCCAAAUGAGAGUGUGCGUGGGCAAUGCCGCGACGCCGCAGACUGCGAGGCGUUUUUGAAAGUGAACAAUGAAACGAGUUACGCUGUCGAUAAUGAUGAUGAAGUGUCGCAACCGGAAUUGUUGCGUUUCCUGGAAAAAGUGCAAUGUGAAAGUGAAAGUGGGUCGUUGUCGUCGUCGUCUUCUUCAGAGUCGUGGAAGAGAUCAACGACGACAGCGCCAGUUAUUGUGUGUUGUCCUUUAAAUGGACGCGCAUAUGCCCAUCCGGCGUUAGAAGUGCCAAAAAGUAGUACCAAUCAAAUUUUUUCCUCGAAACUCAAUAAGUCGCGAAAUAAGAUCAAAAAGUUGAAAAGACGUAUUCAGAAAGUCGAGAAUUCGGAGAAUUUUAACGGUUUAUUUAGCGAUUGCGGCAAGCAGGUGACCAAUAGGAUUUAUGGUGGCGAAAUUGCCGAAUUGGAUGAGUACCCUUGGCUGGCGUUGCUUGUCUACAACACAAUAGACGAUUAUGGAUGCAGUGGAGCGUUGAUAGACAAUCAACACAUCUUGACAGCUGCCCAUUGUGUCAAGGGUAGCGGAGUGCGCGAAAAAAAUGGAUUAAAACACAUUCGCUUGGGCGAAUUCAACGUUAAGACUGAACCAGACUGCAUUGAAGAACCAAAUUACCUCAACUGCAAUGAUGCAGCUCUCGACAUGGCUAUAGAGCGGAUAUUUGUUCAUCCUGCAUACGAUGAAUACUCGGUGAAUAAAUACGACGACAUUGCAAUCAUCCGACUGAAAAGCAUUGUGCCAUUCACCCACUUCAUCAUGCCCAUAUGCUUACCCUUAUCCAAUGCCGAUGAUGGAAACAGCUUUAAGCCAGGUCAUAUGUUUUCAGUUUCCGGUUGGGGCCAGACAGAUUUGUUUGAUAAAUACUACCCGAACAUUCAGAGUCCGAUCAAGUUGAAACUUCGUGUUCCGCUUGUUUCCAAAGCAGAUUGCGUUAAGCUCCUUAAACCUUUCGGAGUCCAAGUUGGUCGUAAUCAAUUGUGUGCUGGCGGAGAAUUCGCCAAAGACACCUGCUCUGGGGACAGUGGCGGCCCACUAAUGUCUUUCAACCGAAAGCGUUUGCGUUGGGUAGCUUACGGAGUUGUUAGUUACGGCUUCACGAGAUGUGGCAUGGCGGAUCAUCCGGCUGUGUACACAAAUGUCUCGGCAUACCUCGAUUGGAUAAACGACACAAUAAAAAGCUAGCAAGAGUCUUCUCAAUCUUAGCUGUGUGUAGGUUUAAAAAUAUAAAUAGUAAUAAUUUUAUUGUAUAUUUAAUAUUUGUUUAGCUAAGUGUAUCUCAUAUUCUCGAAUA